UUAUUCAAUUCCAUAUCCAAAUUUUAUUAGCAAUUUCAUCAUUUACAACAAUUGACACGUUUGCAUUUUGAAUUGAAGAAUGCGUGUGCAUGAACCCAUAUAUUACUUAGAUAAAUUGUAAGUUGAGAGAAACCAAAUUGUUGACAAAAUUCCGCAAAGACGCAGACGACGGCUUGGCUUGUACGCGCCGGCACACAGCGACAAUAUGCAUCAACAGCACAUGGACCUGCAUGCCCCAGUGGACUUGAACAAGUCCCUGGACGAGAUGUCGCCGGAGGAGCGCAUGCGCGCUGAGCAUCAGCUGAUGGUGGAGAAGCACAAGGGCCACGAUGCCAUGCACUCGGAAAUGGUGAUCAUAUUGUGUAUGACGCUGGUCAUUGCCCAAAUCAUACUCGUCGAGUGGAAGAAACGACACUACAGAUCCUAUGCAUUUGUCACACUGCUCGCCAUGUGGCUAAUACCGCUUAUCAUCUCGUGCACCUUCCUCUGGAUACGCUUCAUUAUCAUUUGGCUAAUAUUCACGUGCAUCACGGCACUUGUGAUGCGUCGUGCCACAUCCAAACCCAUACAGGGCACAACGCCCAGGCUCGUCUAUAAAUGGUUCUACUUCAUCUACAAGCUGAGCUAUGGAUUGGGCAUCAUUGGCUAUCUGGUCAUAAUGGCCGCCUUUCUGGGCAUGAACUAUAUAUUCGCGCAACCGCCCAACACCUGGAUGGAUGUCGGCCUCAUGUUCUGUUUCUAUGGCCUAUAUAUUGGUGUACUGGGUCGUGACAUUUCCGAGAUAUGUUCAGAUAAAAUGGCAGCUGCCAUUGGUUAUUAUACGCCUCAAGGCAUGCCCACUCGGCAUCUGGAUCAGAACGUGUGCGCGGUGUGCGGCAAUCAAUUGCUGGUUUCCGAGAAGGAGGAGGGUGUCAUCGAGAACACCUACAAGCUGUCCUGCAAUCAUGUGUUCCACGAGUUCUGCAUACGAGGCUGGUGCAUUGUCGGCAAAAAGCAGACGUGUCCCUACUGCAAGGAGAAGGUGGAUCUACAAAAAAUGUUUCGCAAUCCCUGGGAGAAGCCACACGUACUUUAUGGCAGGCUGCUGGACUGGAUUCGCUGGUUGGUCGCAUGGCAGCCACUUAUAUUUUUCAUAGUACAAGGCAUCAACUGGAUGCUGGGCCUGGAAUAGACCAGGCACCAAAUUCACAGUCCAAUUGCGUCUAGUCAAGCACAUUUUAUGCCCUAACACUGUGCUUCACACUAACCAACCAAACACAUCUGAGACCAACAACUAUUACAAAUGGCAAAACCAAGAGAUAAAGCGUCAAGCGAAAGGACAUUUAACAUGGCAGCAUUCCCAGGAGACUUGAUGUCGCCGAUGGUUUCCACUACGCUUGGUCCGAAUAGCAAAACAACCUUUAUUGGCAUUCGCCCCAUCAAUUUGUUGCACUUGUUUCUGUUUUCAUAAAUCGAACUGCCGACAGUUGAAGCAGAAAA